AUGACCAUCCUAGAGACGCUCGCACUUAAAGGGGUACAAGGAAGACUACUGAGAUGGAUCCAAGGUUAUAUCACUGGAAGACAUCUACGAGUCACAUUCCAAGGGAAGACGUCCCUUCAAUACUCUCUAGAAAAUGGCACCCCGCAGGGAGGGAUUCUGUCCCCAAUACUAUUUAACCUAGUCGUGGAGAGGUUGGUCAGCAUAGACUUUGAGAGAGGGGUUAAACUCCUCUGCUAUGCCGACGAUCUCCAGUUGAUUUCACAAGGGAAUGCCAAACACCGCAAAGCUCAGGUGGCUCUGCAGAAAAUCGAGCAGAUGUGUACAGAACUCGGCCUCAAGAUUAACCCCCUUAAGACUAAAGCCAUGCUUAUCAAGGAGAGGAGGAUACCUGAGGGAAAUCUACGGAUCCAGGACACUGACAUCGAGUGGGUCCAGAAACAUCAGUGCCUUGGAAUCCACUUCGACUACAGACUCUCCUUCAAGCCCCAGGUCGAGUACCUAAAGGAAAGAAUGGCCACAAGGAUCAAUGCGAUGAAAGGCAUGACUGCACUAUCUUCCGGAGCCGACUAUGAUGUCUUACGAUCUUACUAUGUCCAUGCAGUACGGUCCUUAAUCGAUUAUUCCUCCAUUGCUCUGGUCGGGUUGAAUCCCACAGAACUACAUGCCUUACAAGUACAGCAGAAUAAGGCCAUGCGCCUUAUUGUUGGAGCUCCUAUAUGGACAAAACUUAGUAAUCUACAAGUGGAGACGGGCAUAGCGCCCGUAGAAGCAAGGAUCACUAAGAAUGUUGCUGCAGCCACAGCGAAGCUUCUCACCACACCUGGUUACCCACUGACACGAUCCAGGCUUAGAACCGCAGCAGCCCAGGGAGAGCAGUUCGACACCACCAGGUGGACUCGCAAGGCCAACAUAGCAUUGUCAUCCUCAGGACUAAGAUACGUCGGAGCACUGGAUGAAGAUACUGCAUGCGAAGGUUAUACAGAACCACCUCCUUGGACAGAGAACCAUACGGUCUACAGCUGCAAGCUCCCUGAUGCUCCCAGAGACGACACUGUAAGAAGACGAAUACACGGCGAGCUCCAGAUAGCCAGGCUGACAAUUAACGACGCUGCCGUUUUCUACACUGAUGGGUCAGUGGACGAAGAUGGCAGAAGCGGAGCUGCCUUCAUCUACAACGGAGAACAGUUCCUAACAAGACUUUCGGAUGGCUGCAGCAGUAUGCAGGCAGAGAUGGUAGCUAUACAGCAAGCCACGGCUCACGCUACUACACUACCCAACACCGACAUAAUCAUACACACCGACUCACAGUCAGCAAUGGAGGCUCUCCAAGCAAGGAACCUAAAGGACAACAUUCGGCUCACUACCACCGUCAAGAGGAACAUCCGGGAACUGCAGCGUCAAAGGAAAACUGUCACCAUUAAUUGGAUUCCGAGCCACGUAGGGAUUCAUGGGAACGAGUCAGCCGACAUGGCAGCGAAGACAGCGGCGCUCCUUGCUGAAGUCACAACACAUGUCCAGCCUUCACUCUCGGCAAUGAAGAUGGCUGCACGACGACGAGAGACUACUAUUACGACAAACAGAAACAGGACGUAUGCUGCAGAAGGAUCCAGGAGCUGUCAAUGGUACAGAGGAGUAACGGACGGCAAGAGACUUAGGAUUCCGAGAGGUACGCCGAGGACACUACGAGUACAUCUUCACCGGUUAAGACUCGGAUACGUGUGCAACUGGAGAAUACGUCAACAAGAAGUACGGCCGUGUGCCCACUGUGGGGUCCAUCAGGAAGAACCGUUACUACACUGGGUGCUGCAAUGUGACAAGACAGAACAACUCCGCCACCAGCUAUCUACACACCACAUGAACCCACAAGACAUUGAAGCAAGGGGCACAGCUGUGAGAAUGCUGAAAACACUCUUCUCUAGCCACAUGGACAUUCUCACGAAUACAAUCCAACAAUACCCGCCACCACGCUGA